GAACCAUAUGAUCUUCCUAUUGGGUGGACCAAACCUGAUGAUCACACCCUUUGACAAAUUUAUCUGUGAGUCUAUAAAUGGACUAGAAAUAGCAGUGAAAUGAUCUCUAAUGACAGAAUGCAUCUGGGAAAGCUGAAGGUGAUAAAAAACAUUGAGUCUUAUACAGGCAAAAUGCCAGGAUUUGGCAUUUUUCCUUUAGGUGGGUGCUUUGAUGGGUGCCGCGAUCACAAUCAGGCUUCAGGUUUCGGCACAAGAAUCUGGAACCUGAGUGACAGGCCGGUGGAAUUGCAAAUAAGGGUCGGAUCAAUACUCAAAAAGGUUCAUACAUUGAAGCCUGGUUCUUCCAAGAGGCUAAAAUGCAAGAGCAUUUACAAGGCUCAUAUGCCAGGCAAGAGUGGGAGCUCAAGUGCUAAUGGCAGUAUGAAGAGCUUGUUAUAUUACUAUGAUGAAACUUGCCACCCUUAUAUUUGGAUACAUGACACUGGCUGUGAUUCAUUAAGGAUGGUGAAGCAACAGUAUAUCAGCCUGGAGGACCUGAGGGAUUAUUCUGAGAUCAGAAUUUUCAGGGAUCAUCAAAAAGGCUGUGUAUCAGUUCGCAAGAAACCAAGACCAGAUUUCUGCUGAACUCUUGUUUGUUAUUUAUCUUAGUAGUGGAAUUGAUGGGUUGUUUUUGUUUUCCCUUUCUAUCUUCUUCAACCUUUGAUCUUAAUCUGGUUUGCCUAUGUGAUGCAGACUGUGUACACUUUUCCAUUUCGUUUCUUACUUCUUAUUGAUAGAGUUCUGACUGUAAAAAUUGGAAAUGAUGAAGUUACAUUUCUGUUAAGUCUUUCUUCA